AUGCCGCCGCCGGCGCUACUGCAAGGGUGCAAGCUCCGCGAGGCGUUUGCGAGGGACCAAGGAGCGAGCCUGGGUCUGUGGCAGUGUCUUCCCGGCGCGAAUGUCUCGAGGACACUGGCGAGGGCCGAGGGAGUCGACUGGGUCCUGGUCGAUUGCGAACAUGGGAAUAUCGACGACGCGGCAAUGCACGAUGCCGUGCCAGCCAUUGCGGCUUGCGGACCGAGUCCCAUCGUGAGAAUCCCGGACAUGCAAGGGUGGAUGAUCAAGCGUGCGCUUGACGCCGGUGCCCAUGGGGUCCUUGUUCCGCUUCUAAGAACAGUAGACGAAGCCAAGAGCGUUGUCGCAGCAGCCAAGUUUCCGCCCCAGGGCCGUCGAGGGCUGGGAUCCCCAUUCUCCAUGGAGCGCUUCACCCCAGUGCCGACGAUGACAGAGUACCUGCAGCGGGCAAACGACUCGCUACUGACCAUGGUGCAGAUCGAGACGGCAGAGGCUCUCGAGGCUGUGGAUGAAAUUGCCGCCGUGCCGGGUAUCGAUGUGCUCUUCAUCGGACCGUUCGAUCUGGGCAACAACAUUGGCUUUCCAAUCUUGGAUGGGGUCAUGCAGCCGCAGCUGGAUAAUGCUAUUGAAAGGGUAUUUGAGGCGGCGAAGAAGGCCGGGAAAAAGUGUGGCGUCUUCACGACCAGCACGGAGCAGGCGAGGGUGUAUGCCGAGAAAGGUUACCAUAUGAUUAGCAUCGGGCUCGAUGUGAGCAUUUUGCAGGCAGCACUGCCAGGGAGGGUCGAGGCGGUGCGAGGGACAACUGCAUCUGGCGGGAAGGGGGGGUAUUAUGGUUGA